ACAUCCCCAGCUAGAGACAUCGAUCGCUUCCUCAGGCUAACCCCUCGUCCCUUUUUGCGACAUCAACAACGGCAAUCAUGGCACAGACUCAGAUGAAACAGCGUGAAUGGGAGCUCGGCCUGACCUCCGAGGCCCAGAUCCGCCAGGAGAACGGCACGACGGAGCCCUUCGUUGGAUAUAGGCUCUUCCGCAGUUUGUGUGGAGAGUUCCUGGGCUGCAUGCUCUUCUUGUUCAUGGUGAUCACCGUUGCCAGGUUUUCGGACGAUCGAAUCCAAGAAGGCAUCACGACAGAGGCGACGGCCAACAUCAUCAUGAUCUCUUCCGCCUUCGGCCUGUCCAUCUUCGUCCUCGUUUACAUCUUCGUGGACGUUUCAGGCGCUCACCUCAAUCCCGCCGUUUCCAUCGGUCUUCUCGUCGGCAAGCGGAUCAGCGUCGAGCGCUUCCUCCUCUACGUUAUUGCUCAGAUGGCAGGGGCUACUGCCGGAGCAGGAAUCGCCUCCACUUACCUCAGCACCACCCGCGGCGGUUUCAAUGCGCUCGCCGACAACGUCUCGGCUACCGAUGCCUUCGGAGCUGAAGUCCUGUGUACCUUCCUGCUGGUGGUGACUGUAUUCGCUGCCUGCGACGGGGAGCUCGGUCGCAAGACCGCCCACACUGGUCCCCUCCUUCCGCUCGUGAUCGGGAUGGCCGUUCUCCUCGCGCACCUGGUGUUGAUCCCCAUCGACGGCGCCUCCAUCAACCCUGCCCGCUCUUUCGCUACGGCCGUAACGAACAACGAAUGGGGCGACCACUGGGUAUUCUGGGUCGGUCCCCUCCUCGGCGGUGUCCUUGCGACUGUCACUUGGGAGGCUAUCCUUCGCCCCGACCAGGUGGUUGAACAGGAAAAGAACGUCCCCCAGGCCAUCUCGGUCUAAUGGGAAGCCUUCAUGAGGACAUGAGCGCCACUAGAGGAUGGGGGUAGCCGGGGUGGCGACUCUUUGUCUCCGUGCACCAGUGUGGCAAGCUGAGGGCGGGGUUGACCCGCAGAGUUGGGAAAGAUUAAAUUGCGGUGGAGGAGAAGAAGGACGGCCGUUUUCGUCCCGAACAUGGCAUUUGCUUUUGCCAGUAUUUGUUGUUUGUUUCUUGUUCUUGGACUGUUCGUUGAUAUUUUAUCUACUUUUUGCCGCCUCUUGGACAUAUCCUUGUUGAUUGCCCAGGAAGGUUUUGUUGCUUCCUCAUUCCUUGUUCCUCUCGAGAGAGAAGGAAGGUUUCAGUGAGUUCUGCCUCCCCAAGAACAUGUAGGUACAAACGUUUGAAGGAGUAACAGGUCGGAUGACGUGGGUUAUUAAUUUGAACGGUUCACGAUUGCGUGCGUAUUCCAACCGUUCGUGGUGAAGUGGGUGCGAUGUUGCCCCCUGAAAACGGACUCGGGGGGUGCAAAGUAGGAGCGUGGUAACGGAUGCAUCCAAACUUUACUCUGUUACGCAGCGGGGAGGGAAAAGAAAAACUGGUACAUUAGAGUGCGUAAUGCGUUGGCCGUAGUUGGCAACAUUGGCGUUGUAAAGCAAGGAAGGAAAGGGCCACAAGCCGCCGCGCAUAUGUAUGUCGGUUGUGGUCAGAUGGCUUCUGAUUUUUCUUCUAAAUGCUCUGAACAAAUAGAUUCGCGGUGUUGCUCACGGCCUGCACGUUCAUCGUUUAAACGGAACGAUGGGUUCCGAUGGGGGUUUCAAUUUGCGGCCCGAGCCGUGAAACAGUCGAAACGUGGAAAGCAGUUGUAGGGCCAUAUUCGCAGGGCUGCGGGUCCACACCGUUCAGUUUCUUUGUCCGAUUUGGAAGAGUUUAGUCUUGUUGUUGGGUCUUCCUAAUGAAUGGUUGGCGGGGAGUGAACUGGUAGUGGCUGUGUUGUUGUUCGCGUCGAUAGGGUUUGCAUGCAUGCGGGGUUUGUGUGUCUCACUCUUUCUUGGGCGGAUGUGUGCAAGAGCAUCAGUGGCGUGGACCGAAGGAUCACUGAGGAACAGUGCGAAGCAAUCAAAAUUUGACGUUUUCGUCGCUUUUGAAGCAUAUAAAGAGACCCACGGAAACUGCCGAGCUGAUGGGACCAGACAGAUCGGGGGCAAGAGUUCUCACCGAAAGUUGCUUUCUAGUUGGCUCCUCUGGAAACAAACCACAGGGACUAUCUAACCACUCGGACUAUCUAUGUACGUACGUACAUCAUUAGAGCAUCGUCUGUACGUACAUCGUCAGAGCGUCGUCUGUCACCCAAGGCCGUGAACGACACACUAGUACUGAUAUCGAGUGACAAUGUUGGGACAUCAAUGCAACGUGGGCAAUUCAUCACAUCAUGCACGUGAUGUCAGAGGGGGUUUUCUGUUGUUGAAUACAGAACGGGCCCGGGGAUAAGGAAUGUCAAAAUCGGGUCGAGCCUCAAGAUCUUAUUUUUGGGGGGCAGAGGGACCAGUCGACGUCGGCCCAAUUUCUUAAAACGGAUU